GUCUGUCGGCGGCUCGAGGCUGCGCGCGGUAGGGGAGAUCGCCCGGGAUUCCCGCCGGAGGCGUCACCUCUGUCACUCCCAUCUCCUCCGCGAGCCGCUUCUCCAGGGGAGUCAGACCCGGCCCUUCGCCGGGCAGAGAAGAUGCUGCCCCUGUCCAUCAAGGACGAUGAAUACAAACCACCCAAGUUCAAUCUGUUCGGCAAGAUCUCGGGCUGGUUUAGGUCUAUUCUGUCGGACAAGACAUCCAGGAACCUGUUCUUCUUCCUGUGCCUGAACCUCUCUUUCGCUUUCGUGGAACUCCUCUACGGCAUCUGGAGCAACUGCUUAGGCUUGAUUUCCGACUCUUUUCACAUGUUUUUCGAUAGCACUGCCAUUUUGGCUGGAUUGGCAGCAUCUGUUAUUUCAAAAUGGAGAGAAAAUGAUGCUUUCUCUUAUGGGUAUGCUAGAGCAGAAGUUCUGGCUGGCUUUAUCAAUGGCUUAUUUCUGAUCUUCACUGCUUUUUUUAUUUUCUCAGAAGGAGUUGAGAGAGCAUUAGCUCCUCCAGACGUACACCAUGAAAGAUUGCUUCUUGUUUCAAUUCUUGGGUUUGUGGUAAACCUCAUAGGAAUAUUUGUUUUCCAGCAUGGAGGUCAUGGACAUUCUCAUAGCUCUGGACAUGGACACAGUCAUUCCCUCUUUAAUGGUGCUCUGGAUCAUGGCCAUGGCCAUGGCGAUCAUUGCCAUAGUCAUGAUUUGAAACAUGGUGCUACCCAUAGCCACGAUCACGCUCAUGGCCAUGGACAUGGGCACUUUCAUUCCCAUGAUGGCCCCUCCUUAAAAGAAACAGCAGGACCUAGCAGACAGAUUUUACAAGGUGUAUUUUUACACAUUCUAGCAGAUACACUUGGGAGUAUUGGUGUAAUCGCCUCUGCCAUCAUGAUGCAAAAUUUCGGUCUGAUGAUAGCAGAUCCAAUUUGUUCCAUCCUGAUAGCCAUGCUCAUAGUUAUCAGUGUUAUUCCUCUUUUAAAAGAAUCAGUUGAAAUAUUAAUGCAGAGAACUCCUCCCAUGUUGGAAAAUCAUUUGCCUCAGUGCUAUCAGAGGGUCCAACAGUUGCAAGGAGUUUAUAACUUACAAGAGCAGCACUUCUGGACUCUAUGUUCUGACGUUUAUGUUGGGACCUUGAAAUUAAUAGUAGCACCUGAUGCUGAUGCCAGAUGGAUUUUAAGCCAAACACAUAAUAUUUUUACUCAGGCUGGAGUGAGACAGCUUUAUGUACAGAUUGACUUCGCGGCCAUUUAACGAAUGAAAAGGAAUUAUGCUUUUCUGUGGACCGAACUCUUUUGGUACUGUACAAUCUUAAACAUUGUACCCAGUUUUCCACAGCAGAAAAAUCAUCACUACAGUUCCUCAGCACCAAGCUCACCAGGUCGAGUGGGUCAGUGGUGCUGUGUCGGAAGUCCACAGACAAGGGAUCACAAUUAAGAGGAUCUCUCCUAAGCUUUUGGUCUGGUCUUUUGUAAUCUUCCAUUCAAACCACUUUGAUUUCUGAGGGUUCUGGUUUUGCCCUAUAGCUUUUGUUUGAUUCUUCCUCUCCCCACUCCUCAGCCCCAAUUCAAAUACCCUCAUUCACACUCCUCAUCCUAGCCAGUCAGAAAUUCAGAUUGUGGACCUCCAGUCAUCUGGAAUGUCUUCACUGAAGCUGCUGGAAACCACUGCUCUCAUCCCCCCAAAACCAGUGUUAUUAAGAAAAAGAAAUAGAAAUAUGUUUUAUAUGUAAUGUCACAGUUGUUGACGUUCUUCAGUAUAAUCAUAUGUUUGUAAAAUUGUUUGUACCUUGCAAACUUAAGAACCAAACCAUAUUGGGUUUUCCAAGUGCCUUUGUAUCAGAAAAUGUGCCAGCUUAGAAAUGUACCAUCAACGGCCAUAGAUUUUUUUUUUAAUGACUCUUCUGUAAUCUGUCCAAAUGAGACUUCUCAGUAUACAGAUUGUCUUGUAUACAGAUUGUAUAUUCUUGUAUACAGGUUAUCUUUUUUGUGUACAUCCAUUCUAGGUUUAGUUACGUGGAAAUUUUCUCUUUGUUUUAUUGCAUCAAAAAAAUAAAAGGUGUUAUUUUGCUUUUCAGAUCAAAUUCAGUUAUCACAUUAAAUGACUUUGUGGAGUUUAUUUUCAAAAUUUGGAUAUGCAUAUGUUUACACAGUUGUUUUGACUUAUGCAAAACAUCGAAAAUUCAGAUUUCUUAAAAGUUCUGUCUUUGAAAAAUGUCUCCCCACCUCCCCCGCCCUGCUUGCUUUUAAUUUUGGUAGAGGGGGCCUGGGGGUAUUUGGAUCACAGCUGGCAGUGCUCAGAGCUACUUCUUCUGGCUCUGUGCUCAGGUGUCAUUCCUGAGGGUGCUUGGGGGACCAUAUGAGGUGCCAGGGUUCAAACCAGGUCUGCUGCAGGCAAGUCAAGCGCCUUAAGCCCUGUUUCUUCAAGCCUCCCUACUGUUCUUAUGGUUUUUAUUAAUGAAUAGAAAGGCAAUGUGAGAGAAGACAAAUAGAUGUGAUGCUAUUUAUCUUUUUUGAUUUUCAAAUGCCAGGUCAUUCGAUUUGUCUUUCUGUGCAAGUAUUGCAUUAUACAGUUGCUAGGAUAACAUGGUAAUACAGAACUCUUCCUCACCUAGGUAUCUUAGGAAAUAAUAACUAAGUCGAUUUCCAAGUCCUUGUGUAUUUGAAAAAUAAAAUUGCUAUUUGAAAUUAGACUUUGAACAUUCUACUCAAGUAGUCUGUUGUUUGGUGGAAAAGUAUGGAUCUGGAUAAAUAUUUUUCCAUUGUAUUUCAUUUCGUCAUAGCGUAUAUUAUCUUUUAACUAAAAAUAGUUGCAGUUGUUCUGGGAAAACUUUGUAGGGUAGAAAUGAUUGUUUAGAAUGUGGAUAAAUAAUAAGCAUUUUUUCACUGGCAUGACAGAAAUCACUGUUGUUUUUGUCUGAAUACUUUGCCCCUAUAUUCAACCUACAAUUUGCGAGCUUUCAUUAGGAAAACUAGACUGCUUCUGCCAUGCUUUUCUAAACUACUGAAUAUUGCCAUAAUCUGUCUUGUCCAUGUUCCCUUUUUUGAACAUUAAAUAGUAUUUUCAAAACAUUUUACGUAAUGUCAGGCAAGAAUUCCCACAUAGAAUGUAUUUAAAACAACUGCUGAGACAUUUUAGGAGGAAAACUACAAAGGGAAUAAGAUCCUGUUAAUGAUGCUGUUCUUUCAUUAUAUGUAAAUCAUCACUUGGGCUUCUGCAACCACUACCAAACUUGACAGAACUGUGAGAUAUUCUGUGGAUUUGGGCAUGUAAUGGAAGAUGAUAGAUAGUUCUAGAAGAAGGCAGGGAUUUGGGAUGUGGAUCUUUACAAACUAUAGGGUGAAAAAUAUCUCUAGGCAAUAGAGCAUUUACCUUACACUUUUCCUGAUACUGCCCAAAAAAAGAAAUGAAAAACUGUAAUUGUACUGAUAUGGGAAUAUUUCAUUUGCCCUGAUCUGUGCAACAUUCAUGCUUUAAUUAAAUGUUUAUAUAUGUUAAUGAGUGCAGCAGUAAAAAAUUAGUAAGAGAAAAGCAGUUUCUUCAUCUUUAGGAUAGAUAUUGUGUUCUUAGCAUAGACGUAUUGCUAAAGAAGGUAAUUUCACUGAGAGGUACUACCUGAUUCGUGUUAUAAAAUAAAUCCUGACCUAUUGCUGGGUUAAACGUUUGCAGAAAAAGAAUUCUGUACAUGAGUAUAACUACUAAUACUUUUUAGAAAAACAGAGUAUCUUGAGAACAGAUUUGUCAUGCUCAGA